CAGACGCAACUGGUAGCGCCGCAUUCCCGUUUCGGAAAUACGCCAGUAAUUCGGUAUAUUUUUUUGUUUAGCAAUUAUUUGAAUCUGUGAUUUUAUCCAGUGUUUGUUUUUGCACGCAUUGGAGUCAAAAUUGAGUAUUGUUAAAUUUAGAUUACGUGUUGCUUCUUAUUUGAGAUUUCAAGGAACAAGUUCGAAUAAAACAUUGACGAAGAUAUCACAGGAUGAACGCUACGUCACCGAAACUCUCGCUGGCAAAACUGGGACUUUACUCAAGACCAAAGUCUUUAAAGGUUAUGAUUUUGGGACAGUCUGGAAUAGGAAAAUCAGCAAUGGUAGUAAGAUUUAUUACAAAACGCUAUAUAGGAGAAUAUGACCCAACUUUAGAAAAGGUUUACAAUUUUCACACGGUCAUCGAUAAUGAAAUGGUUUAUUUUGAAAUCUUGGAUACUGCAGGACAGCCUCCGGAUACUGACUGCUUAAGCCUUGAAGCCAAUAUCCGUUGGGCAGAAGCUUUUAUCCUUAUGUACUCAGUCACAGAUAAAUGCUCCUUCGAUGAAUGCUACAGAUUAAAAUUCUUAAUAAAUUAUAAUAAGAGGAAAAAACGUAUAGGAAAUUCUACCAGAGAUUCUUUGGGGGACGUACCAGUGGUUUUAGUAGGAAACAAAAUAGAUCUAGUAGAGGACCGAAUGGUAACCCUCGAAGAGGGUCAAAAACGAAGCAAAGAAAUUGGCUGUGUGUGUUUUCAUGAAAUAUCUGUUAGAGAAAGUAUAGAACAGGUUUGGAAUGUUUUUCGAGAUACCUGCCGAUUCUGGCGUGUGUUAAGUAAAAAUCCCAGUAAAAUACGACGAUCAGGAAGUGACAAAGAUCCGGAAAGUCCAGAUAACUCAGCACGUCUUCUUUGCUCUAACCCCAUUUCUCCAAGCACUUUGUUGCCAUCUAACAACUGUAGACCUGCAGGAUUAUUAGGACGUAGAUGGACAGAGGGAGAAUUAGAGGAAAAAAACGAAUCAGAGUCAAAAGAAAGUAAUACUUCUAGUCCUAUUGAAUCUACUCCGUUUCGAGAAAGAGCCUGUACUGAUAGUCAUCUUCAGAGGCCAUGGAGGUGGAGGUACAGACCAGGAAGCUCAGGAAAUUCAAUAGAAAACAACACGAGUUUCUUUAGAACGAAUAGAAGAAUGAGUAUAUCAAUGAGAGGAAACAACGCUAGUUACUGAUAACUACGUAAAACUAUGCAGAUAGUAGCUAAAAUCUGGAUCAAAUUCAUUUAAAAGUCAGGGUUUGAAAAAAAUAUCAAAUACGUGUAUUUUGUGUAAAAUUUUUAUUCUCUUUUUUUAACGCAUUCUUUUUAAAGAAAAUUAUAUAUUUUAUUUACAAAUGUACCUAUUUAAUUGAGAAGAUUACUUUAUUAGUUUUAUAGGAAUGCCAAUAACAUUGACCGUUUACUGCCAGUAUAAUCCGGAAAGAACUGUAUUGAAAUGCGCGUACUUGUCGGGCAAAAUGAGCUGGUCGUUUUCUUAAUAAAAAACAUAAUGUCCUAA